AAAACUCGUUAGUAUUCGUUAGAACCCUCUACUACAUUAAAAUUCUCAAUUUCAAAUGCAUGAAACAGAAUGGGAAAGUCAUUACUCAGUAGAUAUUUCCCGCGAACAGAACAAUAAUCCCCUAUCGUAGCUACUUUUCACUUAUACAAUAAUAGUAUAACUUUAUAUUCGUUAAAGGUCGGAACAACACAAAGUAAAAUGAAACAUGCAUUAUAAGCAUCUCUUAUCAUCUAUCGCGAAAUAGUCUUCUCUUAUAUAUAAAUAUAUAUACAUAUAUAUAUAUAUAUUCACGCUCUUAAUUUCAUUGAUAUAUUUCAUACGUAAUAUCAUGUCGUCAUUCUAUGGUCUUAUAGUAUCGCAAUUUCUUAUUUUAAAUUUUCUUUUGGCAAAAACAAUUCAUACAUCAAACCGUAAACUAAACUUUACACUUAAAACCCCAGAAUUGAUAAAAAGCCAUGGAUAUCAGGUGGAAAUUCAUAAUAUUGUGACAGAAGAUGGUUAUAUUCUAGAAAUUCAUAGACUUCCAUACGGACGUAUCAAUGGUGAAAGGAAUUUUAAAAACGCGAAACGGCCAGUUUUAAUUCAACAUGGAUUAGCGGGCAGUUCUGCGGAUUGGAUCCUUAUGGGAUCAGGAAGAGCAUUAGCAUACAUGUUAGCAGAUGCAGGAUACGAUGUAUGGCUUGGAAAUAACAGAGGAAACAUUUAUUCAAGAAAUCAUAUUUCGAUGUUACCAACGGAACGAUAUUUUUGGAAUUUUAGUUACCACGAACUCGGUAUUUAUGAUAUCCCGGCAACAAUCGAUUAUAUAAUCCAUCAAACGAAUUGUAAACAAAUUUUUUAUAUCGGUCAUUCUCAAGGAACUACCCAAUUUUGGGUGACAAUGUCCCAAAAACCAGAUUAUAACGCAAAAAUUAAAUUAAUGAUUGGCCUUGCGCCUGUAGCUUUUACCGGUAAUUUACGCGGACCGAUUACAAAACUUGCUAAAUUAACAUACAUGGGCGUGCGGAUAGGUGAAGUUUUCGGUUAUCCUGAAUUACGUUCAAGAUCUAUUUGGGAAAAGUUUGUCUCGAAUGUUUUUUGUCAAGAUACAUCGAUUCAAUUCUUUUGCAAUAACAUUCUAUUCUUGGUCACUGGUUUUAAUCAGACAAAUUUGAGUGCGAUAAAUUUGACAUCGAUUAUGAAUCAUAUCCCGGCAGGUGCUUCUUGGAAACAAUUAGUUCAUUUUGGUCAAGGAUACAUAUAUCCAGACAAAUUUCGACAAUUUGAUUAUGGUAACGAUGAAAAAAAUUAUCGAAUAUACAAUUCUGUACAACCACCAGAAUACGAAUUGAACAAAAUAAUUGCACCAAUUGCUCUUUUCAGCAGUAACGAUGAUCUACUUGCAACGAAAACGGAUGUUAAUCUUUUGAAAAAUAAACUUGGUAAUCUUGUGUUCCAUAAAGAAAUAUCCAUUAAAUCAUUCUCCCAUUAUGAUUUUUUAUGGGGACCGUCUUCGACAUCAGUUGUAUUUAAACCUAUUUUAGACUUAUUGGUUCUUUAUGAGCAAAAUCCUUUACAUGUAUUAUAUUAAUGCGAUAUCUAAAAAUACUUGAUAAAGAAAGAAAAAAAAUGAUAUAUUUUUAUUCGUUUUCGAAAAUUUUAUGAAAAAAAUUUUUAUUAUUAUAAAAAAAAUAAUGUCAAUGUUAAUACGAUAUAAUAUUAAAUAUAAAAAGAUCGAAAAUAACAAUAAAACCGAAUGAGUUAACAAUAGAAAGAUCAAUUGAAAAAUAUAUAUAUUUAUAUAAACAUUCAAAUAUUCAAAUAUUCAAUUUUCGAUUGUAAUAUAUAACUCUAAUAUUUCUAUUGUUAUUUUCUUUAAAAGAAUAUAAAUAAGUUCCAUUUUUAAGAUAUUUUAUUCAUAAUUCUUAAAAACUCAAAUAUUCAAUAUUACUUGAAUAACAUGAGUUAACAACGCACGAUUUAAAAUUAUAUUAUUAAAAUUUAUUUAUACAGUAUAUGCAUGUUGGAUAAAUGAUAAUAUUUAGACUCUAGGAAAAGUAAGUUAAUAUUAAUAUAAGUUAAAAUUUAUAAAAAUCCUACUAAGAUAUUGUCAUAAAUAAUAACAUUUCAAAUAACAAUUUAAAAUAAGUGUUAAUAAAUUAUUAGUAUUAUUAUUAAAUAUCGCUACAAUAUCGUUAUAAAAAUGAAAGGAAUUGUUUAAAUUGAUUUAUCAGUCAUUCAUUCAAUAUUCAAUAAUCGAAGAAAUUAAUUCACUUCUAUUUAUUUGUAUUUGAUUUACUUAUUUAUAUUUUUUGUUGUAAACAAAGCGUACUACACAAAACUUUCAUUUUAGUUUCGAUUAUAUAACUAAUUAUUUGAUCACUUUAUCAAAAACAAAAUUUACUUUUACACAAUAUCUGCAUUCUGAUUAUACAAUUAAUAUUUUAAUCUAUCAUCAAAUACUUUUCGAAUGUUAUUAAUUCAGAUUAAUAAUUACAUCAGUAUACAAACUCGUUUUUCGACCAAAGAUAAUUUUAGCACGAUAGAAAACUGAGUUUUGAACAACAAGGCAUACAUUGUAAAAUUCCUCUCAUAUAUACAUAUACAUAUAUAUAUAUUAUAAAUGAUAACAAGCAUUUUCUUUUCACUUUGAGCGCUAACAAUAGAAUAUUUAAAUAACAUAGUUCUAUAAUUUUAUUUUCAUAGUCUUUAUUUGCAGCAAAAGCCAUCAUUGUUUAAUAUACUUUUUUUUUAACUCUUGGAACUGCCGUAUGGAACAUUUUCUAACACACGAAAAAGAAUUUUUGUUGUAAAACAAAAUAUUAAUCGAAUAAUAAAAAAUUAAUUAUAGAUAAAAUAUAAAUAAUUGCAAUAUGAAAAAUAAUAAGUAAUAAUUUUUAUCUCUGAUUAAAUUUUGUUUCAACAACAAAAUUGCAACGAAAAUAAUGCUAUUAAUUUGAAUAAUAAUAAUAAUAAUAAUAUAAAGUAAUAAUAUUACCUUACAAAAUAGUUACAAUGUUUAAAAUGAAACACUUAAUGAAGUACAAUAUUCUUUUUAAAUUAUUUACAUGCAUAAAUAUAUAUACACUUAGUAUACAGGGCGAGGCACUUAAAAUGUAAGCAAUAAAAUUAUAUUUUUAAUAAUGCUUAUUAAAUUAUUAUAUCUUAUUUCUCUUUAUAAAACUAGCAUUUAUAUAUUGUUAUAUAUUGUUAUAUUUUAUUAUUAUAUUAAAUAUAAAAUGAUAAUUAAAAAUUUUAAUUUAUAAUUGAAUAUAUUGAAUAAAAAUAAUUAAUACCAGUUAUAUAAACACGUAAAAUCUGCUUUUAUUUUACAUAAAAUAUUAACCUGGAGAUAUAUUUUUAUUUUAUUUUAAUAUGCAAACAUAUUUAAGUAUACAUUGUACAUUUUAUUUUCAUAUGUAAGAAAUUUUGGUUUUCAAAAUUUUUAUUGAUAUGUUUCAUUUUUUUGCAAAUAAAUAUAUAUUUUUAAAAUAAUACUUUAUUAAUUAUUAAGAAUAUAAGUAUAUUUAUAUAUAAUAUUUAUAAUUAUAAAUAGUAAUAAAAUUUGUUAAAUCAUUCAAGUUUAUUAAAAAAAAAGCAAUUUGAAUAAUUUGAAUAAUAGAAUAAAAUAACGAUAAGAUAUAUAUAUAUAUAUAAUUUAUAAUUUAUAAUAAUUAUUAACAUAUUAUUAUAAUAGAUACUAAAGUAAUAUGCAUUUUCUUAUGAUAAAAAAAAUUAUUUACGAAUAAAAUAUUGUUAUUUAUACAUUUAAUUAUAAAAUUGUAUUUGGAAUUAUAUUCGUUAAAAUAACUACUGUUCAACAAUUAAUCAUAUUAAAAAUAAUUUAAAUUUACUGAAUUAUUAUAAUUACAUUUUAAUAUUCGGUAAAUAAGUAUAAUUAUAAAGUUAAUAUAAAAAUAUAAGUCAUGCAAAAAAUCAUGAAAUUUAAAUUUAUUUAUAUUUUUAUACUAUUUAGAAAAAAAAACUAUUCAAGUAAAAUAAAACUAUUCAUUUUCUAUAUUUAUAACUAAAUAUGUGAUAAAGUAAUUAGAAUUUAUAAAAUUAAAAUUUUAAUAGUUAAAAUCUACAGAUGUGUUUUCCUAAUUAUUGCAUUCUUUAUUAAAAAAAUAUACAUAUAUCAUUAAGUUAUGUUAGUUAAAAUCUACUUAUAAUGUUAUAUCUUUUUCUUUUUUGAAUUAUAUAAAUCACUUGUUUAAUUAGAUAUUUUAAUUGUUACAAAAAAUAAUCUGAAUUAUUUAAUUAUUAAAAUUCUUAUUAAGCGUUAUUAUAUUAUAAAUAAUUGAUUUUUAAUUAAUUAUGUAAUAAAUAGAUAUCUAUAUGAUGUGUAUGAAGAUACUGAUUACAAUAUUUGCAAUAUUGAAAUAAUAUUAAUAAAAUAUAUGCUCUCUUAAAAUAAACAUAAUGAAAGGUGAUAUUGUGAAAGAAGAAUAUUAGAUGCAGAGAUAAUUUAAUUUCAUUAUAAUAAAUUCAGGAAAACAAAAUAAUAUAAUUUUUUUUGUUGUAGAUAUCUGUUAUAGAUGUAUGAUGAUUUUCUUUAAUCUAAAUAAAAGAUAAAUAUUAUAUUUUUAGAAAUAAGAACAAUUCACAUUGUUCAACAUAAAAUUUAUUUUAAUUUAAUUAAUUCAAUUUAAUUAUCUUAAUCGAAAUUUAUAAGAAUCAAAAUGUCUCACUCUGCAUAGUAUAGUAUACAUAUCUGGCAUGUUUGAAUUUAAGAAAAAUUAUUAAUUAUUUUUGAAAAAUUUUUAUAUAACAUUUUGGUAAUUUCAUUUUCGUGUGUAUCCUUAUUCUAAAUUCCUUUUAGAUUAUCUUAAUUUUUAUAUUAAAUCUUCAUAAUCCUCUAUUUUUUCCAAGAUAUUUUAAUGUCUCUUUAUAUAUAUAAUAAUAAUCACAGGAGCGAACAAUUAUCAGCAGUAAAUAAUUUUGGUAUAAUAUAUAAAUAAAAAAAAAUUAAAAAUAAAAAGUUAAUCAAUAUAUUAAUAAAAAA